UAAGGCCAAUUUAAAAGAUUUUUAUUUUCUACAUUCGAUAUGCUCAACACGUGAAAUAGGAAGGUUCCAAAGUGGUUCAUUAUAUAUGCCAAAAUUAUGUAAAUUGUCCGCUGGAUAGAGAGCUAUAUUCAUUAUUCAUCCGCACUGAUUUUCCAACAUAAUUUAUGAAAACAAAGAAAAAAACAAUCGUAUCUUGCAAAGGUACUUUUUGUUAGUAACAGCAACAGUACUACCUUGCAGCUCAUCAACACUUACUUUAAAAAGCACCCGUUUCUCAUCAUUGCGCAUGAUAUUUGAAUCUGUAUACAGCAAGUGAGGUUGCUAGCUCAUAAUCGUAUUUAAAAAUCAUGCUGAAUGCUCUGUUCUCUCGAAAGUAUGGCUUACUUAUUUGUAUGAUGGAUUUAGUCUGUUGGCAGGCUGGUUGAUAUAAGCAAGGGAAUGAUAUCUUCAUCAUGGGAGAACGGAUUUGUUAUAGCAGGAAUGAUGGCGUCGCAUAGGGUAGUGGAGAUUUCAACGCAAUUCAUCAAUUUUUUGGAGAAAAUGAGGAAAAGAUAUAAGUUAUUUCGCCUUCGGGCACGUCGCACAAGAAGAGUUAUGACGUGUGUGCUUAUAUACUCCAUGUUGACCUUAUUGUAUAUCAUCCUGAAUUAUCAUCCGUUUGUGUGGUAUACUCGCAGCGGACAUAAAUGCGAAACACCUAUAAAUGAAAUGAAAGAUUUAAAGGAAUUAAUACGAGAUACAAAUGGGGCAUUAAACGAAUUAAAACUGACCCAUGCUUUGGUUUAUGGAAGCUUAUGGGGCGCUGUUCGUUACAAAAAUCCGUUACCUUGGGACAACGAUGUAGAUUUGGCUUUAUUGGAUGAUGAAAUCAGUGCAGUUGACCAGCAAAAAAUGGUUAGUGUAUUCAACAAGAGGGGCAUAAACAUAUACUAUAGACUAUGGUUUGGAACAUAUCGUGUUGAAAAGAACACAGCACGUGGUGAUCUAAUGGUAUUUAGAAAAACGUUUUUUAACGAAAUGGUACGAACUGGUUUAGAACCAUGGGUUUUCUUUUUGAAUCAUCGAAAAUUCCAUACCGUACCUGCUCGAUUGUUUAAAAAGCCUCUACCGCAACUGCUAUUUGCAGGGGUAAAUAUUUCCGUCCCGCGAAAUGGUAUAGAAAUACAAAAACAUUUUUAUCCACAUGAUUGGUGGAAAGAGAUGAAACCAUCCGGCUGUGAACCAGAAAGAUAGCAGUUAGAUAGUUUUAUAUAUAUAUUUUAAUGUUUGUUAAUUUUCGCACUUGUAGCAAUGAAAUCCUUUCUCUUUUAAAUCUGCCCUUUAUAGAUAUUGUUUAGUAUUUUUUCAACAUCAUUUUGUAAGUAUAGUCGUUUUUAUAAAAAAAUAAUACUCUCUAGAAAGCUUACAAAAUUAUAGAUAAUUUAACUUGACACUUUGUGUUUUAGAUUCACAAAUAACUAGGCAUGUUGAUUGAUAUAAUUAAAAAUUAAAACUAAGCAAUUGCCAGGUUUAAAAGUUUAUUUUAUUUGCAAAAUUUUGCGCUUUUAAAGGUAAACUAACGUAAUUUUGUUUAAGAUUUUAAUUCAGGGAUAUAGUAAUGACUUAGUUAUAACGUAAUUAAUCCCUAAAGUUGACUUUAAACCUCUUUAAAAUUCCUAAUAUCUUGCUAUUUUUCUUUCCACAGUGGUGGUCGUUAUUUGCAUUUAAAAACGACACUAAUCACCACGGUUAUUAGUGAUUAAACAUCCAAGUGG